AUGGCUGGGAAAAUAGUAAAAAGAACACCUAGAAAAAAGGCUGCGAAUGCAUAUAAAUUGCCAGAUCCGAUAGCUGCCGGCGAAAUAUUAAUAGAUAUGGCAAAAAAGCAAUGGAUCCUUGGCACAUCAAUCGGUAUGGGAGGUUUUGGAGAAAUUUAUUCUGCUGCUGCUUACAAUGGUAAAGUUCCAAAAGACUAUCCCCAUGUAAUUAAAAUUGAACCACAUGGAAAUGGACCAUUGUUUGUAGAAAUGCACUUCUAUAUGAGAAAUGCUAAAUCAGAUGAAAUUGAUAGCUGGAGAAAAAAAAAGAAACUUACAACACUUGGUAUGCCUCAAUAUAUUGGCUCUGGAAGUCAUGAAUAUAAGAAAAUAAAAUACAGAUUCGUUGUAAUGGAUCGGUAUGGUACAGAUUUAUGGAAACUAUUUUGACAAUUAUUUUUUUAAAAAAUUACCAAAUUUCACAUCAUAUUUAAAAUUUUUAUAAAUGUGCUAGAAUAUAUCCAUCAUAAAACAUAUGUACAUGCAGAUAUAAAAGGAGCAAAUUUAUUAUUAGAUUUAAAAUCUCAAAAUCAAGUUUAUUUAGUAGAUUUUGGAUUGGCUUCUCAUUACACUACAAAAGCUGAAUAUAAAUUAGACCCAAAGAAAGCACAUAAUGGAACUAUUGAAUAUACUAGUAGAGAUGCUCACAUGGGAGUACCAACAAUGCGCGGAGAUUUUGAAAUUUUGGGUUAUAACAUGAUCCAGUGGUUAUGUAGUUCACUUUUAUGGGAAAAUAAUUUAUCAGAUCCAGUAAUAGUGCAAAAGCAAAAAGAAAAAGCUUUUGAUAACAUUUCAGAAUUUUUAAAUAAAUGUUUCCAUGGGUCAGUUCCAGAUACUAUACUUAAGUACAUGACCUUACUAGCAAGUAUGAAAUUCAAUGAAACACCAGAUUAUGAAAAAUUUCAAAAAAUAUUAACAGAGGGAUUAAAACAUUUGUCACAUAAACCAGACGGAAAGUUAGAAUUUAAAAGUGAUAUUAAUUCUCAUAAAGAACCAGUUUCGAAGUCUCCACCAAAAGUUAAGAGAACUAUUAAUAAAAAUAAAAAAUAUCCACGUGCAGCAGCAAUAAAAAGUCCUUUAAAGAGUUUUGAUGAAAGUACUGUAGGAAUUAUAAUGGAUAAAAAACGCGCUGGUGCGAAAGAUAUUAAACAAAUAUUGGACGAUAUCGAAUCUGACGAAGAAUAUGAUAUAAAAAUAGUUAAAAAAGCAAAAAAGGCUGUCAAUUCUGUAAAUAAACUUAAAAAUGUAAAAAGUCCCAUUAUAUCAAAAGGAACCAGGUCACGACCUAUCAGUGUUCGAAAAAUAACAUCUGAAAGUCCAAGAACUAAACCAAAAACAUUGUUAACUCACGAAAGUGCUUCCGACGAAGAUAUGUUUAACAUGUAA